AUGUGUUGAGUCGAGGUCAGGCAAGAUUCAAGAAUUGCCUCCUUCCUGGUCUGCUACGGUACGACUUCUUCUAUCCUGGUCUGUAUACUCUAAGAAGACUUUCCCAGCCCUCUCUGUGGUGAUCUGCUGAAGGGCGGGGAAAGAUCACUAGGGGGCGUGGACCAACACCAUUACGUCAUACCUCCAGCUUGAGUCUAUCCAGAUGGAGGACCAAAACCUGACUGCCAUGUUUUCAGACGAUGAAUUAGAAGAGAUGAAAGAAAACGGGACCGGAGAGAAGACGUUCCCUCAGUUCUCUUCGACCAUACGAGCCGUGGUACGAAUUCGCCAGAAGUACCAAGCGAUGAAAAGGCGCCGCUUGGAGCAGACAACGUCAAUAUCCCAGCACAGUGUUCAUUUAACGUCUCUGCGUAGCGAUCAGCGCUCCACCAGCCCUAAGAUCUUCACAUUUGAUGUCGUUGAUGGUAAUAGUCUCGUCAACGUAGGCAAGAAAAAGAGAAGGAAAAAAGCACGGGUCCUGUUUCCUAAUAGUAGCCGCCGAGCCUUGCCGACCAAGCAGCAGAGCCGUGCAAAGAGUUGCCUGGUUUUGCUCUGUGUUGUGGUUUUCUUGCAGGUUUACAAUGCCAUCGAAAACCUAGACGACCAUGUGCUCAAAUACGAUCUGGAGGGACUUGAGAAAACCCUUAAACGAGAGGUUUUCGGACAACAGGAAGCAACUGAUGGCCUGUUGGGACAUUUAAAAGAUUACUUGUCCACAUAUGUUCACAGUAAACCUUUGGUUGUGUCUCUUCUUGGCCCCAGUGGUGUAGGAAAGAGCCAUAUAGGUAGGCUAUUGGCUCAGCAUUUCCGUUCUCUGGUGGGUGAGCAGCUGGUCAUGCAAUACUUCGUGCUCCAUCACUGUCCCACAGAAGGAGAAAUCCCACUCUGUGCCGAAACGCUGACCUCCCAAGUCUCUGACAUGGUCACUCAGGCCGAAGAAGAGGAGAAGAUCCCCCUGUUCAUCUUUGAUGAGAUAGAGCACAUGCCUAUUGAGCUGCUGGACACUGUGCAUAGUCUCAUCAUGAAAAAAGACAACAACGAGUAUCUGAAUGCCAUCUACAUCCUUAUCAGCAACCUGGAGCAAGAGGAGAUCACAAAGUUUGUGCUGCAAAACUCCACGAACAUCACCGUUUCAGGCCGAGGGCGCAUUAGCAAGGAGUUGAACAAUUUGCUGCAUCGUAAUCUCCGAAAGCACCACUUGCUUUGGCUGGAGGCGGAGUUGCUGCCUCUGACACUUUUGGAAAAAAGCCACGUGAUGGAAUGUUUUAUCGACGAGAUGUCCCGGGAAGGAUUUUACCCAGAUCGCUCUCAUGUAGAAAGACUAGCAGAUGAGCUGGGUUACUAUUCCGUGGGUGAACGAGAGUUUUCACGCACUGGAUGUAAGCAAGUGGUGGCAAAAGUGAAUCUUCUGUGAAACCAAAGACUGUGUGAGCUGAGCUCUUUCAGGAGUGAGUACUUUUAGAAGAAUAUUUAAGGAAUACACUGAUGCAUCAAGAUCAGUACUCGUCUGCAAUAUCUGGAAAAGACUGGCAUGGUUUUGUUGUUUUUACAACUCUAAAGAGGAAUGUUAUGAAUGCUGAAUUUUAAAGAAAGUUAGAUUUUUUUUUUUUGUUAAAUGCAGAGAGUCAACGACUAUUCCUCUCUUACGCGUGCACAGACGAUGGAAUGUCAACAAAUGGUAAAUUCUUACAAGAGAAACUCAGGUGGUGCAGCUAGCUGAGAGACCUUUCGGGGGGGGAAAUCGGUGUAAUAUUUCAGGGCAGACCUACAAAGCUAAAGGUUUCAGUGACAUUAGAUAGGAGUAAAACAAAACUGAAGUGGAAGUACUGAAACUCGACCAUUUUGGGGGGGGGAAUUUCUUGGGAUCAGUGUUAAACCUCUUUGAAUAUGUGAAUAAGUUGUACCUCUGUGUCUUGGUGUCAGUCCCCCAUUUUAGAUCAGGUUAAGCAUGUACUGGAUUGCCUUAAAGCGCCAUUCCACCAUUGGAUGUAUUCUUUGGCAUAAAAUACAAUAUAUUUUAUGACAACAUGACUAGACAGAAA